AUGGCAACGACAACGUCAACUGGUAAAGCAAAAUGUUUUAAAUGUGAUAAAGAUAAAGUCGUAUAUCUAUGCGAAGGAUGUUCACAAAAAUUUUGUUUGACGGAUUUAACAGAACAUCAUAAAAACCAUGGCAUAGAAUUAGACAAAAUUAUCACUGAUUGUGAUGCAUUUCAACAAAAACUUAUUGAACAACAAGUAGAUCAAAAUCAACGUGUAUUAAUUCAACAAAUUGAUGAAUGGGAAAAAGACUCCAUUAACAAGAUAAAACAAACAGCUGAGGAAUGUAGACAAAUAUCAAUUAAAUUCACGGUUGACAAUAUUGUUGUGACAAAAAAGGAAUUGAAUAAGUUGAUUACAGAUUGCCGACAAAUUCUGCAAGAAGAUGAUUUUAAUGAAUUUCAUUUAGAUCAAUUGAAAAAGGAACUAGAAAAACUAGAAAAAGAACUUAAUCAAGUAUCAAACAUUUCAAUCCAAGAACAUCCUACAUCAUUUAUAAACAAAAUUUCAAUCUGUGGUGUGAAUUCCAAUAUUCCAGUCGAUGCCAAAUGGGCACAAAGCGGAGUGACCGUUGCUGGAGGUCAUGGAGCAGGCAAUGCUAUCAAUCAACUUGACGGGCCCUUUGGUAUCUUCGUUGAUAAUGAUCAAACAAUAGUCAUUGCUGACGCGUGGAAUCAUCGCAUCAUCCAAUGGAAAAUAGGUGAUGCCAAUGGACAAGUGAUAGCUGGUGGCCAUGCUUCAGGAAAUCGGUUGGAUCAAUUGAAUUAUCCAACUGAUAUGUUGGUUGACAAAGAGACGAAUAGUCUCAUUAUCUGUGAUCGGCAGAAUCGACGAGUCGUACGGUGGUCUCGUCGUAGUGAUACAACUCAAGGAGAAAUUCUCAUUGACAACAUUCGUUGUUUUGGAUUGGCCCUGGAUAAUCAGAGAUAUCUCUACGUAUCUGAUACCGAUAAACAUGUAGUAAGACGAUAUAAACUAGGAGACAAGAAUGGAACUAUCGUAGCUGGUGGCCAUGGCAAAGGUGAUGGUCUCAAUCAACUAAACUAUCCGACUUUCGUCUUUGUCGAUCAACAACAGGCCGUGUACGUGUCAGACAACGAAAAUCAUCGUGUGAUGAAAUGGAACAAUGGUACAAAAGAAGGCAUUGUCGUCGCUGGAGGUCACGGACAAGGAAAAGCUCUGACACAAUUGUCGAAUCCUAAUGGACUGUUUGUUGAUUCAUUGGGUACCAUCUAUGUAACAGACUUGGGGAAUGAUCGAGUGAUGCGUUGGCCUAGAGAAUCAAAUCAGGGCACCGUCAUUGUGGGUGGAAUCGAUGAAGGACAAGGAGCAAACCAGUUGAACUCUCCUGAGGGUUUGUUCUGUGAUCAACAUGGUCAUCUCUAUGUUGUCGACAUGAGGAAUAAUCGAGUGCAACACUUCUCUAUCGAAUAA